AUGCUGACCCCCUUUCCACAGCUGGAGAUCAUGGACCUGUUCAACAGUUCCAGCGCAUUGCUGGAAGGAUUAAAAACCAGGCAGCCGGAUAUUUUAUUGCUGGACAUUAUGCUGCCCGGACAAUCAGGCAGGGAUAUUGCCCCGGUCAUUAAAAGUAACUAUCCCGCCGUGAAGAUCAUUGCCCUGACCAGCCUGGAUGCUCCGUCUAUGGUAUCAGGUAUGAUGCGGCGUGGAUGCAGCGGUUAUUUAUUAAAAGAUACCGACCAGGAGACACUGGUGCUGGCCAUUGAAGAAGUUUAUAAAGGUCAUGAAUUUAUAGAGCCUUCCCUGAAAGAAAAGCUCCUGGAAAACAUCACCCGGUUUCAAAGCAACAAAACCGAAAGGAUGGCACAUGAGCUGACCCAACGGGAAAAAGAGAUCCUGAAGCUGAUUGUAGCAGAAAACACCACCCAGGAAAUUGCCGACAAGCUAUUUAUCAGUUUCCGGACCGUUGAAAACCACCGGUACAGUUUAUUGCAAAAGCUGGAUGUAAAAAACAGCGUGGGCCUGGUGAAGCUGGCCAUCCAGAUGGGACUGGCCGAUUAA